CACCGGUCUUCAUUUCAGACACACUGAUAACGUCAUUCAGUGGCUCAACGCCAUGUCAGAGAAAGGACUACCCAAGAUUUUUUAUCCUGAAACCACAGACAUCUAUGACAGGAAGAACAUGCCGCGCUGCAUCUACUGUAUCCACGCCCUCAGUCUCUACCUGUUCAAACUGGGUUUAGCUCCCCAGAUUCAGGAUCUUUAUGGAAAGGUGGAUUUUACAGAGGAGGAGAUCAACAACAUGAAGAGUGAGCUGGAGAAGUAUGGAAUCACGAUGCCAGCCUUCAGCAAGAUUGGAGGGAUUCUGGCCAAUGAGCUGUCAGUGGACGAGGCAGCAUUGCACGCUGCUGUUAUUGCCAUUAAUGAUGCCAUCGACCACGGUGUUCCAGAGGGAACUUUGGCUGCCAUGCAGAACCCCAAUGCCAUGCUGGUCCAGCUGGACCCGAACUGUGCUGAGCAGUACCAGGAAACCCUUUACCAGGCCAAAGGAGAGAAGGUUGCACGCUCACGGAAACGGCUCUUAGAGAAUCCUGAUGCAGAGAGAGAUGUCUACGAUGAGCUCCUUACCCAGGCUGAGAUCCAAGGAAACGUCAAUACAGUUAACGUGAGUGUGGCUCUGAGUCUGGCUGAACAGGCUCUGCUCAGCGGGGAUGAAGAUCAACUGUUCGAGGCCCUGAAGGCCAUGGGGAUUCAGAACCUGCAGAGCCAGAACAAAGGCUGGUACCUGAAACAGCUGCAGGCCGACCGAGAGAACAAAGAGCUGGCGUCUCCAGGAGAAGCUCUGACCAAAGAAGAGCUGCAGAGCGGCGUAGAUGUUGCCAAUCAGAUUGCAGAGAGCUAUGCAAAAAUGCUGAAGGCAGUGGAGAGGAUCAAUGAGGCGAUCAGAGCUGGUGUGGCUGAGCAGACCGUUGAGGAGCUGAUGAAUCCUGACGCUCAGCUGCCCGAAGUUUACCCGUCUGCUGCAGACCUUUACCAAAGGGAAUUACUGAGUCUGCAGCAGCAGAGCCCAGAGGGGGCGCUGUCUCAUCCUGAGCUGCUGGUUGCAGUGGAGAUGCUGUCUGCGGUGGUGCUGAUGAACGAGGCGAUGGAUGUGGGGGACCGGGCGGCGCUGUGGAAACAGCUGAGCAGCUCAGUGACUGGGCUGAGCAACGUGGAGGACGAGUAUGCUCAGAGGUACAUGGAUGAGUUGAUGCGUCUGAAGGCUGCAGCGAGGGAUCAGGGCAGUGACUAUCUCACCUGGAAUGACAUCCAGGCAUGCAUCGAUGCCGUGAACCAGAGCGUGCUGGAGGAGCAUGAGCGUAUCGCUGCGAUUGGUCUGAUCAACGAGGCUCUGGAUGAAGGAGACAUCAACAAGACCCUCGCCAUGCUGCAGAACCCGUCCGCCAAACUCACCGAUGUUGACCCAUCUUUGGCUCAACACUACCGUGACAUCCUGCUGGAGGCACGGCGCGAGAAAGCACACGAGACCAAUGAUCCGUCAGCUGUGCUUUGGUUGGAUGAAAUCCAGAACGCCAUCCUGAGAGCAAAUCAGGAGACUCAGGAGGCCAUGCAGUUCUCUCAGUCCAUCCAGGCUGUCAACGAGGCCGUGGAUUCUGGCGAUUCGGCUCAGACUCUCCAGGCUCUGAGGAACCCGGCAACUGGACUGUAUGGAGUCACCUCAGAGUGUGCUCAGACCUACCAGGAAGACCUAGUGGCCAAGAAGGAAGAGAAGAAGAAAGACGGUGAUAACGGCAGUGAGUGGGUGGAGCACUGGGUGAAGGGAGGACACCAUUAUUACUACAACCUGAACACCAGGGAGGGGACGUGGGCAGAGCCUGAGGGCUUCAUCCCAAACAACACCCAGCUCAAUAAGGAAGACAUCCAGGCGGUGGUUUCCGGGGUAACCUCAGCCUAUAACAGAGAGCAGCUCUGGUUGGCCAAUGAGACCCUGAUCACCAAGCUUCAGGCUCGUUGCCGUGGUUACCUGGUGAGAAAAAACCUUAAGGAGCGGAUGGACUUCUUGAAAACCCAAGAACCAGCUGUCACCAGGAUCCAGGCUCACUGGAAGGGACACAAACAGAGGAAGAAGUUUAAAGAUCGUAAACAGUUUCUGAAAGACCACAGUGACGAGGCUGUGAAGAUCCAGGCCAUGGUCCGGAUGCACCAGGCCCGAAAGAAGUACAAAGACCGUCUGAAGUACUUCCAGGAUCACAUCAAUGAUGUGGUGAAAAUUCAAGCUUUCAUCAGAGCCAACAAAGCCAGGGACGACUACAAGACCCUGAUCAGCGCUGAGGAUCCUCCGAUGGCGGUCGUCAGGAAGUUUGUCCACCUGUUGGACCACAGCGAUCAGGACUUCCAGGAGGAGCUAGAGCUGAUGCGUCUCCGUGAGGAGGUGGUGACCAAAAUCCGGUCCAAUCAGCAGUUGGAAAACGACCUGAACCUGAUGGACAUUAAAAUCGGACUGCUGGUGAAGAACAAAAUCACACUGCAGGAAGUCGUGUCCCACAGCAAGAAGCUGACCAAGAAGAACAAAGGACAGCUGUCCAACAUGAUGAUGAUGAACAAGCAGAGGGGGGGACUGAAGGCGCUCAGCAAGGAGAAGAGGCUCAAACUGGAGGCUUAUCAGCAUCUCUUCUACCUGCUACAGACCAACCCCACCUACCUAGCCAAGCUGAUCUUCCAGAUGCCACAGAAUAAAUCCACUAAGUUCAUGGACUCUGUGAUCUUCACGCUGUAUAACUACGCCUCCAACCAAAGGGAGGAGUACCAGCUGCUGAAGCUGUUCAAGACUGCGCUGCAGGAGGAGAUCAAGUCAAAGGUCGACCAGAUGAAGGAGAUCGUCACAGGAAACCCCACAGUCAUCAAGAUGGUGGUCAGUUUCCACCGGGGUGCCAGAGGACAGAACGCUCUGAGACAGAUCCUGGCUCCUGUAGUCAAGGAGAUCAUGGACGACAAAACCCUUAACAUCAAGACAGAUCCAGUGGACAUCUACAAGAGCUGGGUGAACCAGAUGGAGACCCAGACCGGAGAGGCCAGUAAGCUGCCGUACGACGUGACACCUGAGCAGGCAAUGACCCAUGAGGAGGUGAGGACUCGACUGGAGGCAUCAAUCAAGAACAUGAAGACCAUCACAGACAAGUUCCUGUCCGCCAUCAUUGUCAAUGUGGACACCAUCCCGUACGGGAUGCGUUUCAUCUCCAAGGUUUUGAAAGAUUCUCUUCAUGAGAAGUUUCCAGAUGCCACGGAGGAUGAGCUUCUGAAGAUCGUGGGGAACCUGCUCUAUUAUCGUUACAUGAACCCCGCCAUUGUGGCGCCUGACGCCUUCGACAUCAUCGAAGUGUCAGCAGGCGGUCAGCUGACCACAGAGCAGAGAAGGAAUCUGGGCUCUGUGGCUAAGAUGCUGCAGCACGCCGCCUCCAACAAGAUGUUCAUGGGAGACAACGCCCACCUGAACCCCAUCAACGAGUACCUGAGUGCCUCCUACCUGAAGUUCAGGCGUUUCUUUCUGGCAGCGUGCGACGUGCCGUCGCUGGAGGAGAAGUUUAACGUGGAUCAGUACUCGGACCUCGUCACCGUGACCAAACCCGUCAUCUACAUCUCCAUCGGAGAAAUCAUCAAUACUCACACACUGUUGUUGGAUCAUCAGGAUGCCAUUGCCCCUGAACACAACGAUCCAAUCCAUGAGCUGUUGGAGGACCUGGGGGAGGUUCCCACUGUCGAGUCUCUGAUUGGUGAGAAUCCUCUUCCUCCUGACGACCCGAGCAAAGAGCUGAUGGGGAAAACCGAAGUUUCUCUCACUCUCACAAACAAGUUUGAUGUUCCUGGCGAGGCCAAUGCUGAGAUGGACGCCAAAACGCUGCUGCUAAACACAAAGAGACUCAUAGUAGACGUGAUCCGCUUCCAACCAGGAGAGACUCUGACCGAGAUCCUGGAGUCCACAGCGAGUCCUGAACAGGAGGCAGAGUACCAGCGGGCGAUGCAAAGGAGGGCCAUCAGAGAUGCAAAGACUCCUGAGAAGAUGAAGCAGGCCAAGCCGGUGGUGGACGACAGCUUGACCCUGCAGGGAAAGAAAGAUAAGAUCCGUAGCAACCUGCAGAGAUUGGCCGAGCUCGGAAAGGUCCAUCCCCAAAACCGCUACCAGGACCUGAUCAACAACAUCGCCAAGGACAUCAGAAAUCAGAGACGAUACCGUCAGCGGCGGAAAGCCGAGCUAGUCCGCCUCCAGCAGACAAACGCCGCCUUGAACUCAAAAUCCGACUUCUUCAACGUCCAGAUUGACUCGUACAACCAGUACAUCAAAACCUGCAUGGACAACCUGGCCAGCAAGGGCAAGUCCAAACCUGGAGACAAACAGCCAAAGAAGAGCAAGCAGACAUCUCAGAAGUACACAGCGUCCCGACUUCAUGAAAAGGGCGUUCUGAUCGCCAUUGAAGAUCUGCAGCCCAACCAGUUUAAAAAUGUUAUUUUUGAGAUUUCUCCGUCAGAGGCUGUUGGAGUUUUUGAUAUCAAGGCCAAGCUGAUGGGUGUUCACCUGGAAACGCUGCAGCUCGAGUAUCAGGACCUCCUCCAGCUGCAGUAUGAAGGUGUUGCGGUAAUGAAGCUUUUUGAUCGGGCAACUAUCAACGUCAACCUGCUGAUUUUUCUGCUCAACAAGAAGUUCUACGGCAAAUAAAAAACCUUCAAAUGAAAGUAGAGAAAUGGAGGGAAAAAAGAGAGAGAAAGCCUUUUUGUUAAAGCAACAGAAGAAGUUUAGGUCAAAAAGAGUCGAGAAAACUGCAAAUUUAAGAAUAAAAAAAGAUUUUCUAAAGUCCUGAUCGACAUGUCUUUUCUGCACUUCCCUGUCUAUGCAAACCAUCGUUUUUGUUUUCUUUUUAAUUUUCAAAUGUUAGUUUGUGCGUUUUCUUAGGAGAAUAGUGAACAGAUUGUUUGUGUAGCUGCAGGUCAAGUUUAAAAUUUCUCUGUUUAGCUUUAAAUGUUCUGAACAUCUCAUGCAUGGGCUCCAUUUAAUUAUUAAUAUAAAAUUUAUCUCCAAACA